CGCGAGUCUUGCUAAGCGAAAGUUCUAAUUAUUAUUUUCAAACCUUUUAUCAUCCAUUGUAAGUUUGAUGUCAUCGUAAUGAAUGAAACUCAGAAUGAUUACUCACGAAAUAUGAAAGAAAAACCAAAGGAGGAUUUGACGCCAUUUUUGGAUUCACCAAUGCCAGGCACAGUGAUCUCAGUUACAUGUGAACCAGGACAAGAGGUAGCUGAAGGUCAAGAGGUUUGUGUUGUUGAAACUAUGAAAAUGCAAAAUAGUUUAUGCGUUCAGAAAUCUGGCCGAAUUAAAAAAGUGAACUGUUAACCAGGAGAUAAAAUAUUGGAAGGUGAUCGACUUAUUG